GCCCACGACCUCUGACGCGGUAAAGUAUUCGCUUCAGAAAAAAAAUAUAUAAUCGAGCUUCUUUGAUCCCAGAGAUUUUCUGGAAACGCAGUCAUAUAUAUUUUUAAAAAUAUGCUUUUGAAAUAGAAUCUCUUUUGCCUCUACGGCUAGAUAUUUUGUCUAGUAGUGAUAAAUAAGGGUUUAAACUUAAUAAAUACUGUGUUUCAAUGAUUAGUGACUUAUGUAAUUGGACACAGAAGCACGAUACUUUGUCUGCGCGAUCCAACCGCGAGUUUUUGUUUAUAUUAUCAACGGACGACGGAUAUUCGUUACUUCUCUCAUUCAUAACAGAGUUGUAGACAAACAUCUUGGAGUGACAGUGACAGGAGUUAUGUGGGUGACAAAAUCAGAGCGUAACGUAUGCAAUACGUUCAAAAUUAUCUUUACUAUUAUUUUAGGUCAAAAUCUAGGCCUCGAUUCUUGACCCUAGAUAAAUCUAGUCUUGAUCUAGAUCUACGGAGUUAUAAUUGUGCACCCAUCACUCCAAAGCCUCAGUCUGUGGCACACGACACGCAAGUCAAGUUCACAAUAUCUAGCGGUACCAUGGUCAUGAGGACAAUUUUAUUUGAGGUGUGAUUUGAUUCGUAUUGGCUGGAAUUUUGUUUCUUUCUUCAAGAUAUCUACCUUGACUACCCCUUGGUCUACAGCAGGAAAGAUGUUCCCUGACAAUGAUGAUUUUUGUCAUGGAAUAGCUUUCUGGAAUGAAAGCCUACUAUUGGACAACUGGUACCCGGAGUUCACGUCAUGUUUCCAAGAAACGGCCUUGACCUUCGUCCCCUGUGGCUUCCUGUGGCUCUCGUCCCUGGUGCUUCUGGCCUAUCUGAAGGGCCACACGAAAUACGUCGUCCUCUCCUGGAACUGGCGCUCGCUCUCUCGUGUGAUUUGUGCCCUGGUUCUGAGUGUGCUGGCCUUGCUUCACCUUACCCUGGGGGAUGAGGAGACUGAGCAUGAGGGCAUGAUGGCGUCACCGGCUUUCUACGUCUCCAAGGCUGUAUGGGGUGUCACCUUUCUGUAUGCCAUUGUCCUGAUGGGGCUGUGCCAGAGGUCAGGGGUAACGUCGCCAUGCAUCAUCUUCAUCUUUUGGAUCAUCGCAAUUGUGGCACAUGUUGUGCCUGUCUACACCUCGAUACUGAAGAAGAGCUAUGAGGAGCACCUGAGGAGUUUUACCCUUGUUUGCUGUGAGCUUGCAGCACUGGUGUUUGGCAUGGCCUUCUUAUGGAUCGGUGACUCAGACGUGGUUCUGACGAAGCCCUCAAUCACAGGGACUCCGUGCCCAUCAGUGAGUGCCUCAUAUGUCUCCCGACUCACUUACGCGUGGGUCUUCAGCAUGGUGUACUCAGGCUACAAGAAACCUGUGACUGCGGACUGUGAGUUUGACUUGCCGCCCCACAUGCAGUGCCGCAACAUAUAUCCGGGAUUUAUAAAAUCCUGGACCAAAGAGCUGACCAGAUCCAGGGCUGUGAACAGAACACAAGAAAAAGGCAGUCGACACAUCUACACUAACGGUGCCACCAGUCUCCUGGGUAGUGUGCAAAAAGGUGAUGAGGUGGAACAUAAUGAGAAGACUCCGCUGCUGUCGAAGAUGAAAAUUGAUGGAGAGAAAGAAGAGGAAGUUCAGGCGAAAUGGCCUCAAAAGAAGCCUUCGUUGUACAAAGUUUUGUUCAAGGUGUUCUACUUGUCCUUGUUCAAGUCCCAGAUGGUUGGACUCAUGGCGGACAUGUUGCAGUUUGUGAACCCGUUGCUGCUUAAAGCGAUGAUCAAUUUUGCAGAAAACAAAGAAAGUUACCCUCAGUGGCAGGGCUAUGUUAUGGCGGGAUCUUUGUUUCUGGUGACCUUAUCCAUCUCAGUGAUGACCAACUUUCGGUUCUAUACUGCUUGGAACAUUGGCACACAGAUCAAGACAGUGGUGACUGCUGCUGUUUAUAAGAAGGCAAUGACAAUGAAUGCCGAAGGUCGACGCCAGUUCACGGUGGGCACGAUGGUCAACCUGAUGGCUGUGGACUGCCCGAGGUUUCAGGACGUGAGCCUCCAGAUGUAUGUGAUCUGGUCCUUCCCUAUUCAGAUGUCCCUGGCUAUGUACAUGAUCUAUGACUGUCUGGGAUUGGCUUUCGUUGCAUGCCUGGGGCUUUUGCUGCUGUUGAUACCCAUAAAUGCUAAGAUCACCACGUUGACCAAAAGGGCCCAGGACAAACAGAUCACCAUCAAAGACACCAGGAUCAAACUGAUGAAUGAGAUUCUCAAUGGCAUUAGAGUACUGAAGCUGUAUGCAUGGGAAAGAUCUUUUGAGGAUAAAAUCGGUGACGUCCGUAAACUAGAAGUGUUGCAGCUCAAGUGGGCAGCAAUCUACCAGUCACUGAGUGUUCUCUGCUGGCUUCUGUCCCCUGUGAUGGUGACCCUGACUGCCUUUAUUGCUUACGUGGUCAUCUCCGGGGACUCUCUGACCCCGACCAAAGCCUUUGUAGCCAUGAGCGUGCUCAACAUCAUCCGACAGCCCAUGAUGGCUCUGCCACAGUUAGUUGCCGCUGCUGUGCAGUGUCAUGUGUCUAUGGAACGUAUCAGGAAUUAUCUCGCUGGAGAGGAUUUGGAAGAGCCGGAUCCCACUGUAGCUUCUCCUGAGUACCCACUGACCAUGGAGUCUGGUACCUUUUGUUGGGACCGGUAUCUACCACCCACUCUCAAGAAUGUGAAUGUACGUGUGGGUCAAGGUCAGCUGGUGGCGGUGGUGGGUGCUGUUGGGUCCGGCAAGUCUUCACUUCUGUCUGCCUUCCUUGGGGAGAUGGAGAGACUGAGAGGAAGAGCAGGAGUUAAGGGCACAGUGGCAUACGUCCCCCAACAGGCAUGGAUACAGAACCUGACUCUGAGGGACAACAUUCUGUUUGAGAAGCCCAUGAAUCAAGCCUGGUACAAAAAAUGCAUCCAAGCUUGUGCCCUGGGACCGGACAUUGAGCUGUUGCCUGGCGGGGAAAUGACUGAGAUUGGGGAGAAGGGCAUCAAUCUGUCCGGCGGUCAGAAGCAGAGGAUCAGCCUGACCCGUGCCGUGUACCAGCAGUCUGACGUCUAUCUGCUGGACGACCCGCUCAGCGCCGUGGACGCUCACGUGGGGAAGCACAUCUUUGAUAACGUUAUAGGACCUCAGGGUGUGCUCAAGAACAAGACUCGUUUACUGGUGAGCCACGGCCUGCACUGGCUGCCUCGGGUGGACUCCAUCAUUGUGCUGGACGACGGAUGUGUCACCGAGACAGGAAGCUUUGAUCAGCUGAUGGACCACGACGGGCCGUUUGCUCAGUUCAUCCGGACCUACCUCCUGGAACAUCAGGGGGAGGAGAUUGAUGACCCUGAGGAACUUAUGGUAAGAGAAAAAAUUCUGGACAAAGUGGAGGCCAUUACAUCAGAUGACGAACAAGGCCAAAUUUCUCUUCGAAGAUCUGUGUCAGUGCUCAGCGAUACUGUCAAGUCGAACAAAACUGCCUCCACGGAAAGCCUGAACAAACCUAACGAAGCCUCCAGAUCAGCUGCUGAAGUCUCUGGCAAACGUGAUCAAGCUGGUCGUCAGCUCAUCAAAGAGGAACGGCAGGAGAGGGGAAAAGUACGUCUGUCUGUGUUCAUCGCCAUACUUAAGGCAUUUGGUUAUUUACCAGCAUCAACCAUCCCUUUUUUUCUGGUGGUCUUCAUCGGCUUCAAUGUGGGCACUGGCAUCUGGCUUUCUAAGUGGACGGAUGAUCCUUACCUGCGCAACGAGACAAAUGUUGGCACAGCUCGUUACAUGGAUGACACAUACUACUACCUCGGCCUCUAUAUCUUCUUUAGUCUUAUGCAAAUUGUUGGAAACUCAGCCUACAUCCUGGUUCUGGUCAUUCAGUUUGUCAACGCUUCUCGCCGCAUGCACAACAAGAUGCUUAAGACAAUCUUACAUCAACCCAUGGCAUUCUUUGACACCACCCCUUUGGGCAGAGUUCUCAACAGAUUUUCCGCGGACGUCGACCAGAUGGAUUCUGCCAUGUCACGUCUCAUGAGGAUGGUUCUCCAGGCGUUUUGCAACAUCAUCGCCAUUCUGAUUGUGAUUUCCUACACCGCCCCAAUCUUCCUGGCUGUUGUGAUCCCCAUGGCCUUCAUCUACUACUUAGCACAGAAAUUCUACAUGCCCUCAUCGCGGCAGUUCCGGCGCUUGGAGUCUGUCACCCGUUCUCCCAUUUUCUCCCACUUUGCCGAAAGCAUCAGCGGAGCCAGCAGCAUCCGAUCCUACAAGGUCACAGAACGUUUCUCCCUGGACUCUCAGAAACGGGUGGACACCAACAACUUUUGGUUCUAUAUAACCUCCUCUGCUAUGAGGUGGCUGAGAAUUCGUCUGGAGAUCUUGGGCAAUUGUAUUGUUUUGUUUGCUGGCUUGUUUGCUGUGAUUUCUGAUGGAAUAAGCGGAAGUCUUGUUGGCCUGUCCAUUACAUACGCAUUACAGGUGACCGGCACGCUGAACGUGAUGAUUCAGAACUGGACACAGCUGGAGACUAGGUCUGUGAGUGCCGAGCGCAUUCUGGAGUACUCAGAACUGCCGUAUGAGCCAGAUUGGGUUGUUGAUUCCAGUCGUCCUCCAUUGGACUGGCCAGAACGCGGAGAGAUUAGGUUCAAGCACUAUAGCACCAGGUAUCGCCCAGGCCUAGAUCUUGUGCUCAAUGACCUGGACUUUACUGUGAAACCAGGGGAGAAGGUUGGAGUCGUGGGCCGCACGGGAGCGGGCAAGUCUUCGAUGUCCAUGGCUCUGUUCCGUGUGAUCGAGGCGGCAGCAGGUCGCAUUGUCAUCGACGGUGUGGACAUCAGCUCUAUUGGUCUGCACGACCUCAGGGACAGGCUGACCAUCUUACCGCAGGACCCUGUACUAUUUUCUAGCACCCUGCGCUUCAACCUGGACCCUUUUGACAUGCACUCAGACGUGGAGAUCUGGGAGGCUUUGAGACACGCCCAUCUGGUGGAGUACGUGAUGGGACUCCCAGCUGGGCUAGAACAUAUCUGUGAGGAAGGGGGUCAGAACCUCAGUGUUGGACAGAGACAGUUGGUGUGCCUGGCCCGGGCCCUGCUACGUAACAGCCAGGUCCUAGUGUUGGACGAGGCCACGGCAGCAGUGGACUUGGAGACAGACGCACUUCUGCAGGCGGCCAUCCGCACAGCCCUCGACAACCGGACGCUCAUCACCGUGGCUCACAGGCUACAGACCAUUAUUGACUAUGACAGAAUCCUUGUGCUACAUGAGGGUCGAAUCAAGGAAUACGACACACCAAAAAAUCUUCUGGACAACAAAAACAGUAUUUUCUACGGCAUGGCCAAGGAAUCAGGCCUGGUCUGACCUUCCCAUAAGAACCAAAGAUGGACUGCUUGAUCAGUGUGUCUGUACCACUGUUGACGCUUGACAAUAACUUAUCAUGACGAUAUCAUGUCUAUUAUUAUUAUAUAUAUAUAUGAAUAAUUAAGACUUUUCUGCAUUCGGCAGAGGGGCAGGAAAGUUUGGGAAGGUGGGGUUUCAGAUAGGUUUUCUUUAUACGCACUUUUUAUUCAUCAGUAAGCUGUGAUUGUUGUACCUUUUUCCACUUUUCUUUGAUCAUGUGAGAUGUCCUCAUUCGUUCUUUUUAGAAGUGAGGUGAAAGCCCAGUGACCGUGUCUGAGCUAUAGAACUUCGAUCGUCAAAACUGAUUUCUCCAUAAUUUCUCAUGAGUAAGAAUAACAAAUAUUUGCUGUCUCUAUUAGUUUCUAUUCUCUUGUUUUUUUCCUGCUUCGCUAAUAUAAACUAGUUUCUUUACAACAGGCUUACAUUCACUUCAUGACGUAUUGUGAAGCUCUGAGCAAAUGCUGCUAUUUUGGUAAAAUCAAAUGUCUAUACUUUUUUGUAUUGCCCUCAAAGAAAUGAGUUGGUAGUAAGGGGCCCAUUUUUGGUCUUCAGAAAUAGAGGAAGAUUCUUUUAGAAAAAUAAGAAGUUUUAGAUUGUGGAGCGUUUCUGGCAUUUCAUCUCACCAAGUGGGGUCAGUAUAAGGAUGUGAUUAAUUUAUCAUAGCUGAAGACACUGCCAAGGAGGGGUCGGGUGAACAAAAGAAUAAAAGAGUGAUAGUUUCUUUUGAACUCAGGAAAGAUGUCUGUUUAGAUAUGUAAUAAAUAGGUAAUAUUAUAUACCGAUACAAAUUUUUUUAAAUCUCCCAAUUCAUAAGAUUUUUAGAUUGAAACAAUAAUGUGAGAACAAUGGCGUUAUCUGCUCUUGUAUUUAUUGCUGUAUUUGAUAUGAAUACAGCUGAUAACCAAUAUUCUGUGUUAAUCGUUUAUGCCGUAUGCCUAUGCUUUGUUGGAUAUUCUUAUUUAUCACAUGAGAAAAGAAAAAAAUGGAGCAACAGUGUAUCUGGAUGGUACAUACUUUUUUUAAUAUAAUAAAUAAGAAUCAGCUUCUGAGACUUCCAGCUCAUACAGGCCAGUCAAUCUUGAAUAUAUACUGUAUUUUUUUGCCAUAUAUUUUUUCUUUAGCAUGCUUGUUUUUUAGGGGAUUUUUUUUGUUUAGCUUGCUCUGUUCUCGUCUAACAUCAUCUUUUUCAAUACCACAAAAGUUUCCUUUUCUCUUCAUUACAAAGAAGAGUUUGUUUUGAGGAAUUUCAAAGUGUCAGGAAUAGAUCUCUUAGUGUUGUAGGUUACAAUCUCAAUUUGUAAUAUGGACCCUCAAAGGUUUAAAUCUAAAUUUAAUCCAGAUUGUUUUUCUUGUCCUUCCUUAAAUAUUUUCUCUCAGCCCUGUUGCAACAUUUAAUAUUGUUUCCAUAAAAAAUACCUCUGAUAACGCCAUACUCUGUGUUCUAACAGACACAAGCCCUCAGCUUUUGAAAUAACCUGCUUUGUGGUUCAAAGCCCAUGAAUAUAACUACAAAGUAAAGCAUUCUGAUUCUUAUAUUAGUUUUAUAUAUAUCAAUUUUAUGUCAUGUUAUGUUGGAAGGAAGGGAUUAUUCUCUCAGAAUCUGUAGGGUUUUUUUAAUUAACAAGUUCUGUUUUUUUAAACAAUGCAUAAAUGUUUUAGUCUUUGAGUUUUUACAUAACUAAAAUAAUUUUGAUGCUCAAUUAGUCAAUGUGGAAGAUUUAAUUACAAAUGAAUCUCUAGUUGUUGUUUUUUAUUGAUCUGCCUUGAGAGGGAUGUAUGCAUGAUAAACAAAGUUUUACCUAUGAGAGCUGCAAAAGGCUGGAUCACAUUAAAAAAUAACAAAAAAAGGUUUAAUAAAAUCCUCAACACAAGAAAUUCUUUUUAGUGUGGAGGUUUUUAUACAAAGUUAUUAUAACAUGCCUAGAAGUUUAGAAACUUAUCUUUUUAUGCUGAUCAUUCAAGAGUCUUCUUCUGCAAACAAUUGCUAGGACUUAAGGGGUACCUGACUCUAAGAUCUUAACAUCACAGUGCAGUUGAUUUUAAUGUGCACGUGGCCUCUUUUAUCCACAUAGUACCUAGAAUCAUCCCAUGGCUGACAGACAUCCAGGUGCCAUUUUCAAAGGCAUCUCCAGAGUAAAUCUUUGAAAAUUCUUACAGCCUAUGUCUUGGAAUGAGAGAGUUUUUGAACUCUUUUUUAGUGAAAUGGAGAUCUACAAUUUUUAUUAUUAGUGUUCUUUUCUCCACUGAUGUGCUCGUGACCUGAAAUGUUUUAUUACUUUGAUAAAGAAAUGUUGUUGCUAAUUUCUAUGAUUAUGAGUCUUUAAAAAAUGUGCCAAGUAUUUCCCUUUCACAAGAUUAAAUGUCUCUGUAAAACUUUUAACAAAAGUCAUCAACUGUGUAAACGUAAAUCAAUGCUUGUUGCUUGAUCUUUUUCCUGUUGAGACUCCUAAGGUCAAGUAUCGCUACACCAUUUUAUAUAUUUCAUAUUGAAAAAUGACCUUGGUCUAGUAGUGGUUGACGGGUGCUCUCGUGUGGUUAACUACUUCUUUCCAAUCAAACAUCUAUUGUCUUUAUCUCUCCUCCUUUGCAGUAAAACUCGUACUGAAACUAAAAACUAAAGACCUUGGUCUAGAUCUGCGAGGAAGCCUUUGCUGCCCUGUCUGAGGGGAGGGGACAACUGAUUUUACACACUGUGCUAUUCCAUGUUUUUCUGCUGCUGUGUACAUGGUCCUAGCAUAGACUAAUUAUAUUAAUAUAUAGAGGGCCACUUUGACAAGAUUUUUGAAAGAAAUCGAUUCUUGUUUAUCCUUUUGAUGUUGCCAUAAGAACACAAAAAGAGCCAUAAUAGGUAUAGUGGAACCCUUUAUAGAGAACAAUCUCCAACAUUUUCUAUGAUCUGUUCUGUGCUGUCAGGUAAUACUAAUAGACCAUGUAUUUUUAUUUAGAAAUAGAGAUAUAACAUAACUUUCCAGUUGAUCAAAACAAAUAUUGAUGAACUGUACUGAACAAACGAUCCAACAAACACUGAACUUUAAGCUUAUUUCUAUUUGUCGAAUAUCGGUUUUGAACAAAGUUGUGGUGUGAACCAUCUUGUGAACUGAUUUAUUUUUUUUUAUGUUUGAAAGUUACAUAGGUUUUUUUUGUCUUUAGACUGCUGUGAGGUAUUGUUGAAUGCUACUACUUACAAACCGUGUUCUAUAGAGUGAGUGCCUCCCAUAUGCUCCAUUGAGUGAAUGCUUGUUAGUAUGCCAGUUGUAGUAGGCUUUACAAUAACUAGUUCAUAAUCAUAAUUAAAACAUUCUGUUCUCAACUGACUCAAUAUGAGAAAGUAAAGCAUGAUAUAAAGAAAAAAAUAGGUGGAGACUUGAGUAUUUGAAGUUUCACAACUUUAUAUAGAAUAUGUUCUAUGUUUCGACCUCCUGGGCUUUUUCAGGAACAUCACAUUUCUGGAGGGUUUGAUACCCUUUUUUGACAUUAGUUGGGCUAAUCUGAGAUUCACUGCAUGACAGUUCCAGGGACAUUUCAGAGCUCUGUGUAGUCAAGCCAUUGCUGUUGUGCUGACACCAUCACCAUCUGUGGUCCGGCUUUGUUUUACUAAUUUAUUCAGGUUCCAUGGGAAAGGCAUUACAAUUUACUAUUGGAUAGCAGAAUAGUUAUUCCCUGUUUUUUUUUGGGUUUAAAAAAAAAAUAUAAACAAAUACAGUAGCCUAGUUGCUGACCCUACAUUCCAUUUUUUUAAACACCGCAUUGUCAUGUUUUUCAGUACAUUUCUUGAUGAAGAUAGUAUUUGACUUUGCAUGUGGGUAUGUGAAUAUAUACCGUAUAUAUAUAUAUAUAUAUAUAUAUAUAUAUGUUCUGAAUGCUUUGACUUUUGAGAAGCAUUUUAUUUUCCAAUAAUUUCAUGACUUUGAUAGACUUCUGUGGAAUGUUUUACUCAUCUGAUACUUCUUGUUCAGUAUUGAGACUGUUGAGAAUGACUGAUUUUUACCUGAAGCUUUGGAUUGGAUGAUUUUUUUUUUUUUAGAUUUGAAUGGAGGAAUGUUUCAGUUCUGCUCUCAUAUAUAUUUUGUGCCUUCUUUUUGUGGUCAUUUUGCUUCUCAACUUAUAAAUGAAAGGAAAUGAUUAGCAUGCAUGACUAUACAGUUCUGACCUCUUUAUUGAUUCUGAUACCAACUUUCAAUGGGGCAUUUUUUAUACCAGCGAUUAUUAUCGUGUGAAAGAAGAUAAAGUUUUGAUUUUAAAAGUUCUGAGACUUUCUCUCUGAUCAGCAUAAAUACAAACUGGAACUUGACUUACGUUUAAUCCUUUAGUUAGAUUUCUCAAAAAGAAACGGACCCAUCUCACAUUCUCCCUGGCUUGUGUAUAAGAUAUAUUUAGUACAUAAACAGUAUUUCUAUUAUAUCUUUCUAAUUUCUUUGCAGUGCUGUAUGUUGUGAAGACGUAUAUAUUAGAGUUUGCGUGAGCUGUCUCAACUUCUCCAUACAUUACAUGUGAAGCAUUGAAAGCUGUCAUUUAUUUCACCUACUGCUUGGUCAUGCUCAAAGAUAGCCAUGUGCUGAGUGUUGAAGUUCCAUCAUUUUCGAGUGCAUAGCCUGGAAAUCAAGAUAAAGGAAAGUCAAAUGAAGAUAUUCCUCGGAAAUGGCACUAGGCCCUUUUGCACAACUCAUGAAUAUAUACCCAAUUAUUACCAGCUUUUCUUCUUCUGAUUGAUUUGCAAAAAUUUGAAAGGCAAUUUGCCUUUCACUGUAGACAAAAGGACCAUGCCAUCUGCCUCAUAAAUAUUUAUUUAAAUUAAAAAAGCAACAUAUGUGUGAAACCAGAAUGCUAUAUAAAUACAAACAAUCAAGGUGUUGAUCGAACCACUGACACAAAGCUGAACUUCAAAGGUUCUAAAAUUUUGUGAAUGUAGCUUUGGAUGGUUCAGAUACUGGUAGCCUACAUGUUUUUUCCUUAUAUUUGCUCCACUAUUUGAAUAUAAUAUAGAAAAUAUUUUGAUCUGUUGUAAUGGACUUCAUUUCCUGUGCUAUAAAUCAUGUUGAAAUUGUGUAACCAGAACUGUUCAAAUGUUUACCUUGUGAAAAAUAACUCUUAUGCAAUGAAGUAUGUUAUGUUUUGCAUGUAUUGUGAAUGCUUGCAACAUUUUUGAACAUCGAAUUGAUUCAAACUGUUGUAAUUGGGCAUGUUUUAACUGGAAAACACAAAGUCAAAAUCGC